GGCUGAGCAACUUUUUGAACGCCACAUAAGAAAGCUGUUCCCUUCGGUUUUUUCUUUCGAUAAUCUGGUUCCAUUGUCUGUGUUUUCGAAUAGCAAGGAAAUAUGGGGAAUGCUCGACCACAACGUCGAGAUCUUGAGUAUGGGUAUCCAACCAUAGAGCAAGGCAUCCAAUCCGGCCAAGUGAGCAAAUGCGACAGCCUCGAGAUUUUACGUUAUGGUUCAGAGUUCCGACAUUCAAAUGAAAGGCUCGAUGGAACGUCGUUAAGCGCAUGGCUUUCCAAGACAUUUCCCACAGCAGAAACCACCGCAGACGACUUUAGAGGGGGAUUGAGACUCUUAGUGGGUGUGUGCAGAUUAGAACCACUUUCAGGCAAACUUCUGUUGCCGUUCACGAAAGACGACUUUGAGUUCAUCAGCCAGCGUUUGCAGCUCCCGGAGCAGUUCUCCCAGUCGAUGCAAGCGCGGAUACCAUGCGCAUACAAGUUUACCUCUCCAACCAACGUGGUAGGGAAGGCGUCAGAGCCUGUCAUAUGCUAUAUCUUCAAAUUCGGUAUCCACCGACCCUCCUACUACCAUCUCGUCAUUAGCUACUGCCCCUCCACCAAUAUUACUCACGCUCUCUUACUCUCCAAAACAUCGGACCACACAUUCGAGUCCAUCUUUCGCCGAAUUGAGCUAUUUAAACAGCACAUAACCCACCCCUUCCUCCUCCCCGUCCUACUCUCAGAAAUCUGUCUCGUCUCCUCCGAAAACCGCGUCCAACUAUCCGACGACCGCCUCAACGGCCUCGAAGAACUAAUGGGCCAACACGAAUGGAUCAACCGCCCCGUCGGAGACCCGUUAAAGCUCGACUUCGUAACCACCACCCGGGCACUAAACUUCACUUCCCGGAACCUGGGAGUUGAAAAGAUGCGUGUUCAAGGACAAUUACUGUGUCUCUCUAAUCUACUGGAAGAAGUUGAGCUCUUACAUAAGUCUUAUCCCUGUUCCGAAGACACGUAUACGUGGAUGAAGGAAACGAUAGCGAAUCACAGGAACACGGCGAAGUAUUUGUUGGUGAGGACCGACUACGAGGAGAAGAGAGUUCAGACGCAACUUGCUGUCGUGUAUCAAUUCAUGCAACAAAAGGAUUCGAAGGUCAAUAUUCAGCUGGCGGAAACUUCGGCUACGAUAGCAAGGGAAAGUAAGAAGGAUAGUAGUGCCAUGAAGGCGAUUGCUGUUUUGACGAUGUGUUUCUUGCCGGGAACGUUUUUGGCUACUAUAUUCGCGAUGCCGCUUUUCAAUUGGGAUAGCAAUGAUGGGCCGGGGAUUAAGGGUGGAUUUAGGUUGUAUUGGGCUAUUGCAAUUCCACUUACGGUCGGCGUGCUUUUAAUAUGGAUUAUUAGCAUGACUUUGCCGUGGAAUAAGUGGAUUGAUGGAUUGCUGAGAAGGAAACGGCUGAGGAGCCAGAGUAAUGAGUCUGGGGAAAUGACGGGGUUGAAGAAUGAUUAG